UUGCAGUAUUUGUUGUUGUUUUUGUUGAGCAAUAGAACAGUCGACAUCUUUGACACAGAUCACAUUCCCUCACGUUAUAACUGUAUUUUUCAGCUUAAUUCACCACACAGGGUGUCGCUUUGAGAGAGCCGACGACUCAAGGGACCAGUGGAGUGUAUUUGUAUUCGUCUAUCUUAACGUGUUUCUGUCUUUCUUAAAGAUGGGCAGUCAGUACCAGCGCACAGUACCACUUGAGACGAGGAGAGCGGAGGGAGAGAGAGUCCGGGCCAAGCAUCCUGACAAAAUACCGAUCAUUGUGGAGAGGUCCUCAAGGUCACGAGCUCCUGAACUGGACAAGAAAAAGUAUCUAGUUCCUUCAGAUUUAACAGUGGGCCAGUUGUGCUUCCUGAUCCGUCAGCGCGUGUCUUUGAGACCGGAGGAGGCACUCUUCUUCUUCGUCAACAACUCCCUUCCCCCAUCCAGCUCCCCUCUCUCUGCUGUAUAUGAGGAGCAUCACGAAGAGGACCUGUUCCUCUACAUGACCUACAGUAAUGAGAGCGUGUAUGGUGCCUGAGAGAGGACAAAAGACUGGAGAAAGAAAGAGAGUGAGAGAAUGAGAAAGAGUGAGACUGUCAACGGAAUAAAGAGUUAAGGUUGUUUGUAAUGCU